AUGAGUCAUUCGCAGCCGAUAUCAAUUAAUUCAAAGGAUCUUGAAUCUCCGUCCCCGUUUGUGCAUUCCGCCAGCGAGGCAGAGGCGAAGCCUCGCAAAUGGACGUAUUACCUUUGGGAUACGCUAGACAAGCCAAAAGAGGAGAGAUGGUUUCUGUUCAAGCUUGAUGCUGCUUUGCUUACUUUUGCGUCUUUAGGUUAUUUCAUCAAGUACCUAGAUCAGUCCAACAUAACCAGUGCAUUUGUAUCUGGGAUGAAAGAAGAUCUUGGAUUAUACAAAAACCAACUAAACUACAUGCAAACAUUCUGGACAGUAGGCUACGUAAUCGGCGAGCUUCCCAGCAACAUCAUCCUCACUCGUUUCCGACCCUCUCGGUGGAUCCCCACUAUGGAAGUCAUCUGGGCUGUCCUCACAUUCUCCCUCUCUCGAGCUAAAAGCGCAAGAGUAAUCUACAUCCUGCGUUUUUUUAUUGGACUCGCCGAGAGUACCUUUUAUCCCGGUAUGCAGUAUAUUAUCGGAUCGUGGUACCGCCGCGAAGAGCUCGCAAAACGGUCCUGCAUCUUUCAUACCAGCGCUGCUAUCGCGACGAUGUUUUCCGGUUAUUUGAUGGCUGCAGUGUAUCACCUCGACGGACGGGGUGGAUUUGCAGGAUGGCAAUGGCUGUUUGUCAUUGAUGGCAUCAUAUCUCUACCCAUCGCGCUCGCCGGAUUUUUUUUUCUCCCUGAUGUUCCCGAGAUCUCAAAGCCGUUUUAUUUAACAGAGGAGGAAGUCGCAUUUGCAGUGAGGAGAAUGGAGCUUGAAGGACGCCAGAAACGCCAACCAUACACCAAAAGGAAAAUCCGGAAUAUUUUCACCUCGUGGCAUAUCUACGCUUUGAUGCUGCUGUAUAUUUUCUUUAAUAAUGGCACGGGAAGCGCGACGCCGGUUUUCGCGCAGUUCUUGAAGGCGUCGAAGAAGCCGGAGUAUACGGUAGAGCAGAUCAAUACGUAUUCGACUACGACGUAUGCGGUGCAGGUUUUUUCGACAUUGGUGUAUGCUUGGACGAGUGAUAGUGUGUUUGGGGGUGCUCGGUGGCCGCCGAUCGUGUUUGGGGGUGUCAUGAAUAUCGUGUGCUAUGUGUCACUCGCAAUUUGGGAUAUUCCAAUGCAAUGGAAGUGGGCAUGUUUUAUUCUCUCUGGUACAGGGUACGGGCUUUCGGGGCUGUGUAUGGCCUGGGCCCAUGAAAUCUGCACCCACGAUAACGAAGAACGAGCUAUCGUCAUCGCGUCGAUGAAUGAAAUGGCUUAUGUACUUCAAGCUUGGUUGCCGUUGAUAGUCUGGCAGCAGGUCGAUGCUCCGGAAUAUCAGAAGGGAUAUAUUACCGUAAGUUGUCUUAGCUUUGCUCUUAUAGUAACGGCAUUGAGUAUACGAACUCUGCAUGCGAGGGAGAUUUGA